GUUUGUUUAGUGAAGCUAGUUAGCAUUAGCAGCCGGAAACACUGACCGUUUAGUUACUUUUUUUUUCUUUUUUGCAGCAUUCGCAGUUCAGUGUUUCAGCUCAGUCACAGGAAAAAGUCCACGGCUGCCCCGGUCACCUAAAAACAUGACUAAACACGAGUUUGAAGUGGCCAUGACCUGUGAGGGAUGCUCGGGAGCCGUGACCAGAGUCCUCAACAAGCUGGGAGAUGUGAAAUUUGAGAUCGACCUGCCGAAGAAGCUGGUUUGGAUCGAGUCCGACAAAGACGUGGACGUUCUGCUGGAGACGCUGAAGAAAUGUGGGAAGGAGGUGAAAUACAACGGCACUAAAUGAAGGAUUCCUCCUCAGGAAUUCCUCUCUGCUGCUGCUGCAAAGUGAAGAUGAUACUGGAACCUUCCUGGAGUCCUCAAGCGUUUCCCCCCAGCGUUUCCCCCCAGCGUUUCCCCCCAGCGUUUCCCCCCAGCGUUUCCCCCCAGCGUUUCCCCCCAGCGUUUCCCCCCAGCGUUUCCCCCCAGCGUUUCCCCCCAGCUCACACGCACAAAAACAGCACCCACCUCCCACAUGAAAAUGGUUUUAUGAAUCUUAUCCCUCUUGGCUGAUAGAAGUUCUUCUUCAGCAGGUCCUGUCCUUCUCUAGUCAUGAUUAAUGUGCCUGGAUGAUCAGGGUGCUUGUAAUUGUUUUAGAAGUCACGUCUUCCUUUCUGUCUGAUCUUAUUUCUUAUUUCUUUUUCCUCCGUUACUGACGAUGUGGACGAAGAAGGUCUUUGCACCGUUGUUUGAUUUGAAGAUCAGCGAACUCACUAAAUGUUCGGCCAGAAGUUUAAAACGUGAAAAUGCCCAACUAAAAGAUCCCAAACCGGCUCGGUUUCACCUCCUCUCUCACGACCUCUGUACAGUUCCUGGACCUUUAGCUAAGAAAACAUAACAACUGAGUGCUUUCGCCUUAAUCUGGGAUCAGGAUUAUUAUUGAGUUAUAAAGUCCUCCUUUAUAAAUGUCGGCAUCUACAAACCUGCUGGACUUAAAGAGAGAACAGUCUUCUUUGCUUCGUCAUAGUUUACACUACACUAAACUCGAGUUUAUAGAGAUGCAUCUUUGAUUUCUUACUUUUGUAAUCUUGGUUUUGAUGUUACUUUAAUGUGAAGUAAAAACAGAUCGCUCUGUCAUCAUGUUGCUAACCCACAACACGAAUAAAAACUCUUCUACAAA